AGUAGUGAACGUUGUUCAUAACGUCGUUGGUUUACCGAAACACAAUCAAGUCUAACAGUGAAUUAUAUCUGUCCAAAUCUCGGAUUUCGUUUGUUGUCAGCGAAUACACAAGUGCUUUCACAUCUCUGAAAUCUAGUGCGCAAAACCGUCCAAGUGUGCAUCGCGGACACUGUCAGUGUACACGUUGAAGCACGACUUUUCAACCUUUUGAAGUAAUAACUAAAUAUUUGAAGCUAUUCAUACCUGGUUUUAAGAAAAUCAUGACGGCAGUGCCCAAGAGAGAACCCUGUGAGUUUGUGUUUUAAUAAUAGUGAGCCAAGCAAGUGAGCGUACGAGUCGAAUAUUAAUUUUCAACAGAAUGUACAAGAAUUCUGGCUGCCUUAACGAGAUAGUUGCCAUGUCUAAUAACAAGUUGAAAGACACCGAGGAUAACCGUUUGGCGGAACAACACCAGCUUUUGCGUAAAGGUUUGACCAAACAAAUGAAUCAAUUUCCCAACGGUGAGGAUGGACGAACUACGUCACCGGAUAUUCCCUACUCCAGGAAUGCAAACGUUUCAUAUAUCAACGCAGGGGAGGAGGAUCAAAUGGAACUUUACGGCUACCGCCGCUCCAAUUUUCGGACCGCGCUGACUUGGCUUUUCAUUCUGAAAACGCUUGGAAUUUUACGCAUGGUCUUCCAUUGGUUUCCGGAAUGGUUUCUCAACUGCACGUACACCAGGUGUUCUCUCGAGGUGGCUGAGAAAGUGCUGAUCGUAGAGAUCUAUCAAAAGAAACACCGAAGAGUUCAUAUUCGAAGUAUCACCUGUAUGAGUGCCCUUGAGAUCAUAAAUGCUGCAAAUAACCAAACUGCUAAAGGAAAAAAGAAAUCGGCUGAACACUGUAAUUCGCAUGUAUUGCAAGAUUUAAAUCGAAUCGACGAUGCUUCUUCCUUAUCUCUUCCAAACUCAGACGGCACAUUUCGGAGUGCCACGAGCGUGCGUAUGUUCACGUGCAAGAAAUUGCGCUACAUUUGGAAUAUCGAAACUAAGGAGUUCUUGAAAGUGAAAAGCUUGGGUCCUGGUAUGCCAACAUCAUCCUUGCAUCAUGCAGAAGCCCAACAAGGAUUAGCUGGUUUAUCUCUUCUCGAGCAACAAAGAAGACGUGCAAUUUUUGGCUCCAAUUUUAUUAACGUUCCAGUGAAAAGCGUUUUGGAGCUUCUCCUUCUUGAAGUGUUGAAUCCGUUUUAUAUCUUCCAAGUGGUUUCUGUCCUGAUUUGGAUUAUGAUCGAAUAUUAUUACUUCGCCGCCGCUAUUAUGGUUAUGUCUGCGGCUGGAAUAACCAUUUCGAUCAUUCAGACAAGAAAAAAUCAAAAGAAACUGAGGAACACCGUUCACGGCAGUGACAUAAUAGAUGUGUGUCGAGGAAGUGGAGUAUACGAAACUAUAAGAACAGAAGAAUUGGUACCUGGAGACAUAAUCAUUUUACCAGCGACUGGUUGUACAAUGCAUUGUGACGCUAUUCUGCUGUUUGGUACCUGCAUCGUGAAUGAAAGCAUGCUCACAGGGGAAAGUGUACCUGUAACAAAGACUCCUUUGCCAUUCCAACCAGACGUUCUAUAUCAUCCUAAAGAACACUCUAGACAUACUUUGUUUAGUGGAACCAAAGUUGUCCAAACACGAUUUUAUAACGACGAAAAAGUAAUGGCAGUCGUAACGUCGACUGGCUUUAUGACAGCAAAAGGUUCGCUCGUGUCCGCCAUAAUGUACCCACCGCCGGUUGAUUUCCGUUUUGAGAGAGACAGUUACCGAUUUAUUGGCUUUCUUGCUUCCUUGGCUUCUAUUGGAUUUACCUACAGCAUAGUUAAAAAGAUUAUUUCUGGAGAAGCAGGAUUGAAAGUUGUAUUUCAUUCUUUUGACAUUAUCACUAUUUGCGUUCCUCCCGCCUUACCUGCGGCCAUGACCGCAGGAAUCAUUUUGGCACAAAAAAGGCUUGAACAGCGAAAUAUUUUCUGCAUUUCACCUAGAUCAAUUAAUGUUUCAGGAUCUUUGAAUUGUAUUUGCUUCGAUAAAACUGGAACGCUAACAGAAGAUGGGCUGGAUUUAUGGGGUAUUGUACCAGUUGUAGAAAGUCGUCGCUACAUACCUCCUUUAAGAACUCCGUUAAAGUUAUCUCAGGCAUUAUCCACACUUCGUCCAUACGAUCGAGGUCCAUCGUCAGCCAGUUGUAAUAAACUGGACCCACCUCUAUUGCUAAUGGGCAUGGCCACUUGCCAUUCGUUGACAAUUAUAGAUGGAAACCUUAGCGGUGAUCCAUUAGACCUUAAGAUGUUUGAGUCAACGGGAUGGGUACUCGUUGAACCAUCCAAUGAAGAUACGAGUAAAUACGACAACAUUUGCCCAACAGUCGUUACGUGGACGCCAGAGGGUGGAAAUAAAACAGACCCUGAAACUUAUGAUUCCGUCGAAAGCGGUGCGGAUGGAGCUAAAGUUGAAGUAGGCAUUGUUCGCCAGUUCCCGUUCAGCUCGAGUCUUCAGCGAAUGGCCAUCAUCUGCAAACGGAUUGGUCAAGAACAGCUUCAUUUUUUUUGCAAAGGAUCUCCUGAAAUGGUUCAAUCCCUGUGCAAGCCUGAUACCGUGCCGGGAAACCAUAAUCAAAUUCUCGAAGAAUAUACGAGGCAAGGUUUCCGCGUUAUAGCCCUGGCUCACCGUGUCGUUGAGAUUCGAUCCUUACACAAGCUUCAAAAAGUUCAAAGAGAAGAUCUAGAGCAUGAAUUGACAUUCCUCGGUCUAGUCGUCUUAGAGAAUCGGCUGAAACCGGAUACCAAGGCGAUAGUUAAUCAGCUAUCAGAUGCAGCUGUGAGAACCAUCAUGGUCACUGGAGACAAUUUGCUUACAGCUAUUAGCGUUGCUCGCGACUGUGGAAUGGUGGGAUCCCAUGAUCAAGUAGUGAUCGUCAACUACGAAGAAAUUAUUGGUGCAGGUUCAACCGAAGGAAAACCGCGUUUGACCUACACUUUGGCCGAAAAGUCUUCUAUUCAGACACCGUCCAAUACUACCUCACCGUCGACGAUGAAUAGUAGCGGCGAUACGACUUUGGAUAUAAACGACACGGACUUCACCGGUCAUUUAGCUAUCACAGGAAAAUGCUGGUCAGUUAUUCAAGAACAUUAUCAGGACUUAGUACCCCGAUGCGUCGUGAAAGGGACAAUCUUCGCACGUAUGUCUCCUGACCAAAAACAGCAGCUCGUCCAGGCAUUGCAACAACUGAACUAUGUUGUCGGAAUGUGUGGAGAUGGGGCAAACGACUGCGGUGCUCUAAAAGCAGCUCAUGCCGGAAUUUCAUUGUCAGACUCCGAAGCUUCUGUGGCUUCACCUUUCACUUCAAGAGAGGCGAGCAUUAGUUGCGUACCAGAGCUCAUUCGUCAAGGACGUUGCGCACUGGUGACGUCAUUUGGCAUUUUCAAGUACAUGGCCGCAUACAGUCUCACGCAGUUUAUCUCCGUCAUGAUUUUAUACGAAAUCGGAACCAAUUUGACGGACUUCCAAUUCCUCUACAUCGAUCUUUUCCUUAUUUGCUCACUUUCCGCCGUUUUCGGACGUACGCAACCUCAUCCAGGACCACUAUUCAACCACCCGCCACUGACCUCCCUUCUCUCACUACCACCUGUGGGGUCACUUCUUAUUCAAGUAUGCUUGGUUGGCUUAUUCCAAGCUCUUAGUAUGAUUAUCCUCACCAAACAAGACUGGUUUGUGCCGUAUAUGACACUUCACAACAACGUGACUGGCCUGGCAACGGGAGACUAUGCGUCUCAUGAAAACUAUGCCAUAUUUAGCAUGUCUAUGUGCCAAUAUAUUGUUUUGGCAUUGGCGUAUGCUAAAGGAAGACCAUUUAGGGAGGUUUUCCUCAAAAACUACUGGUUUGUCGGAGCUUUAGGCGCUUCUACUGCAUUUUCUCUCUACGUUCUUAUCGAUCCUGGCUACGCAAUCAAGAAGUGGCUAGAACUUGAAAUGCCUCCUAUGGAGUUCCGCCUCGUCAUUUUCAGCCUAUCCGCUGCCCAGGUAAUCGUUUGUCUGUUAACUGAGGAAAUUGUGAUAGAUCGUGGUCUCGUCAAAGUGAUGGAUUCUUCCUUCUGGUUGAAGUUACGACCACGCAAAGAAAAAUACUUGGCGGUCGAAAAGGAAAUAAAAUUGAGCGAUUGGCCUCCAGUUGAAAACCUUGUAGAGUUGUCUCCAUUGGUGACAUCCGCAGUUGCUCAGAAAUAACUGUGAAUGAUUAUUGACAUUUCAUAUGCAGACAAUUUGUCAUUUAUUUACCAUCCCUAGAAUGGUCAUCAUCUCAUUGUAGAUUAUAUCCUUCAAUUAAAAGCGAAGCAAUUUUGAGCUAAAGUACGCCGUUUAUAUGGUAUGGUCUUCCUAUCAUUUUGAUAAAACGUUUGCCAUAUUUAAAGUACACAGCCAGAAUGAAGUUGGACGAUGAACUGAAAUGGACUGAAUUCAUUAAAAAUACAGAUAUAAAACUGC